ACCUAGCUGUGCUGACCGCAGCGGCGCCGCGUCUGAGAAGCGCGUCCCUGGGCUGCGGCGGCCGGGCUGGGAGCUCUCGGGGCGGCGUUCCGAGCGUGGAGAGCUGGUGCUGAAGCGCUCGAGGUCUGGGGGGCAAAGAAAUGGAGCAAGAGCCACCAAGUGGAGAAGCUGCUGAAAUUAAGAUCAUUAGAGAAGCAUACCAAAAGGCCUUUCUGUUUGUUAAUAAAGGCCUGAAUACAGAUGAAUUAGGCCAAAAGGAAGAGGCAAAGAACUACUAUAGGCAAGGGAUGGGACACCUGCUCAGGGGAAUCAGCCUGGCAUCGACACAGCCUGAGCACACAGGACCUGAGUGGGAAUCAGCUAGGCAGAUGCAAAAGAAGAUGAAAGAAACACUACAGAAUGUGCGCACCAGGCUGGAAAUCCUAGAGAAAGGUCUGGCUACUUCUCUGCAGAAUGACCUUCAGGAGGUGCCCAAGUUAUACCCCGAAUUCCCCCCGAAGGAAAUGCCAGAAAAGCCACAGUCCUUCAGUUCACCUUCUCAGCACACUGAGGCGAAUGGAGACACUCCAACCACAAGUGCAGCGUCGGCUGCCGUGCUAGGUCCUCUGCCCUCCCCACCUCAGAGUCGUCCAGCAGAGGCACCUCCCGCUUACACACCUCAGGCUGCCGAGGGCCACUACACCGUCUCCUACGGCACAGAUUCUGGGGAGUAUUCAUCAGUUGGAGAAAACUUUUACAGGAAUCAUUCUCAGCCACCUCCUCUUGAAACCUUAGGGCUAGACGCAGAUGAGUUGAUCUUGAUACCAAACGGAGUACAGAUUUUUUUUGUAAACCCCGCAGGGGAGGUUAGCGCACCUUCUUACCCUGGAUACCUUCGGAUUGUGAGGUUCUUGGAUAACUCACUUGAUACAGUUCUAAACCGCCCUCCUGGAUUUCUUCAGGUUUGUGACUGGUUGUACCCUCUAGUUCCUGAUCGUUCCCCAGUCCUGAAAUGCACUGUAGGAGCCUACAUGUUUCCUGACACGAUGCUGCAGGCAUCGGGAUGCUUCGUGGGCGUUGUCCUGUCCUCCGAGUUGCCUGAAGAUGACAGAGAGCUCUUUGAGGAUCUGCUAAGACAGAUGUCUGACCUACGGCUCCAGGCCAACUGGAACUGGGCGGAAGGAGAGACUGAGUUCCAAAUCCCUGGAAGAAUGAGACACUCCUCUGACCAGUUGGGGAAAGCUUCCGCCACUGAUGUGAGAUCACUGGGUUCUCCGUCAGAACCGGGCCCUAAGGAUGUGCGUCAUAAAGGAAAGCGUGGGAAAAAGGUUAAAGAUACUUCAAGUGAAGAAAUGAAUCUGAGUCACAUUGUACCCUGUGAGCCAGCCUCAGAAGAAAAAGCAAAGGAGUUACCUGAGUGGAGUGAGAAGAUGGCUCAAAACAUUUUGUCAGGUGCUUCCUGGGUGAGUUGGGGUUUAGUCAAAGGAGCUGAAUUCACUGGCAAAGCAAUCCAGAAGGGUGCUUCUAAACUUCGAGAACGGAUUCAACCAGAAGAAAAACCAGUGGAAGUCAGUCCAGCUGUGACCAAGGGACUUCACAUAGCAAAGCAGGCAACAGGAGGCGCGGUGAAAGUCAGUCAGUUCCUGGUUGAUGGAGUUUGCACUGUAGCAAGUUGCGUUGGAAAAGAACUCGCUCCACACGUCAAAAAGCAUGGAAGCAGACUUGUCCCAGAAUCUCUUAAAAAAGACAGAGAUGGGAAGUCCCCUUUGGAUGGAGCCAUGGUUGUAGCAGCAAGCAGCGUUCAAGGGUUUUCAACCGUCUGGCAGGGAUUGGAGUGUGCGGCUAAAUGCAUUGUUAACAACGUUUCAGCAGAAACCGUGCAAACAGUCAGAUACAAGUAUGGGCAUAAAGCAGGAGAAGCUACAAACUACGCCGUGGAUUCUGCCGUCAACGUCGGUGUGACUGCCUAUAAUAUUGACCACAUUGGCAUCAAAGCCAUGGUGAAGAAAACUGCAAAACAGACAGGACACACAAUCCUUGAGGACUAUAAGAUAGUUGACAGUUCUCGGGGGAGAGAUCCAGAAGGAGGGGCUGGUGUGAACGUAGCAGGACAGAAGGAAGGACAGCUGGAGGUGGAGAAGCAGAAGGAGCAGCUAGACGAGAAGGCAAAGAAGAAAGAUAAAUGACGGGCAGCCAUGAGCACCUGUACCAAAGCCUGAUGGAUGAAUGCGGUUUUGUUAAAUAGGCAAAUGUGGAUCUUCACAAAGGAACCAGUAUUUUUGUAAUAUAUUCAUGCCUCCAGAGUGACUGUGUCAUAAGUUUUGUGGCCUCUGUUCUACUUACAAGGAAAAGAAUGUGUGUACCUGCAUCUGGCCUUUCGAUAUAUACAGUUGUAUUCUCAGUUUUUCUCCUGAAUAUUUUUGCAGUUAAAAGAAGACUAAUAAUACACAUGCUGUGAACCUCAUUAAACCUAAUGUUGAACUAAUUUUGUACCUGCUGUCUUUCAGAAAGCAAAGUAGGAACUUAACGUUAUUUCCGUAAAAUUUGGCACGUCUCCUAUUUAUACUGGAAAGGAAUGACUUAGAAUAGGGUCUCCUCUUUUGCAGUAAUUUUCUUUUCUUUUUUUAGGUGCUUGCUUGUUAGAAUUUUCAGUGUGUAGCAUUUAUUUAAAAGACUUUUUCAUAAUGGAGUAGACUGAUCAUGAAAAGUAAAUUGGGGCUCUGUGACAUUAUUUGGCAGCGUACCUCUUUGUGAGUAAAUGGGAUAGUCUUUGAUUUAAAAUGAAUACAGAUGAUAUUUAAGACUUGGUUUUAAACUGGUAUUGAUCUAUCAGGAGUCCAGGAAAUUUUAGGGAUGUGAUUGGUAUUAUAUAAAACUUGAAAGUGAUUAUUAUUAGCUUAAUUGAACAAAAAAGAAGUAUUAUAAGAAAUCAUUUUAUCCUAUCCACUUCUGUAGUUUUUUCCAGAAGUCUAGAACUUUGUAAACCCUAAAAUGUAAACUGAAUUGAGUUUACUGAUGGCUAAAUAUAUUUUUAUUUUGGGAUUCAGUCACUGGAAUUAUAUUAAAAAGCCCAGAAAUUAUUCAAACGGAAAGGUUGUAUUUAUAAUCAAGGUUAAGAGUGUGAAGGAACUACAGGCUUAGUCUGUGGUAUAUGGACAUAGUAGUUCUCCUGUGCAGAAGACAGGGCAUAGACCUGGAAACUACAGUGAGGGAAGUAAGCACCUAGAGGCGCUGUGUUCUUGUUCACUGGUUCUGAAACAUCAGUCCUGGUUUUCACAGCUGUGGUCUAUCCUGACCAUUUCUGAACAUCUAGUUGAUUAGACUUUAUUCGAGACUGUCUAAAGAGUCCACUCUGUGAAUAAACACUGUCUCUGAAUUACACGGCCUCAAAUUGUAUUCAUGGUCUUGUAUUCUGGGAACACAUAGAAUUGGUAGAGCCUUUUCCUAAGGCCAAGGAAAAUGUACUAAUUGUUAAAAUGGAAAUAAAAUUGAGUUGGUUAAUAGCUUCCAGUUAGUCCACUGCCAUGUUAGAAGUUUAAGAAAUGGAAUGGCAAAUAGUAAAGCCUAAAAUUUAAAACCAGGGGUCAGCAAACUACACCCCACGGGCCACAACCAGCUGCUGCUUGCUUUUGUGGACAAAAUGUUAAUUGGCACACAGCUGUGUCCACUCUUCUGUCUUGGCUGUGGCUGUUCUCCAGUAUAGCGUUAGAGCUGGGACUUGUAAGAGACUGUCUGGCCCAUAAGCCUAAGAUAUUUGGUCUGCAGCCUUUCCAGAAAACAUUUGUUGACCGCUGCCAUAAAGAAAAUGGGUUUUCACACAAUUCCAGAGUCACUAUAAGCCUGUUCUGAAGAAUUUUUUUAAUACUAUGUAAUAAUUGCUACAAAUGAAAAAUUAUAUAUAGCAUAUAAGAUGUGAAGCAUAAUAAAAUUUAACACUUAUCAAUUCACCACCCAACUAAAGUCCUAAAAAGUUACCAACAGCAUGUGUCUCUUUCCUCAUAUCUCCUUACCUACUCUCCCACUGCUCUUUGCUCUCUAAAAUCUUACACGCAUGUCUCUAAAUAGCAUUGUAAUCUUUGUCAUUUUAAAGUUUAUAGUAUCUUUUUUUUAUUAAUUUUAUUGAGCUUCAAGUGAACGUUUACAAUUCAAGUCAGUCUGUCACAUAUAAGUUUACAUACAUCUUACUCCGUACUCCCACUUGCUCUCCCCCUAAUGAGUCAGCCCUUCCAGUCUCUCCUUUCGUGACAAUUUUGCCGCCUUCCCUCUCUCUCUAUCCUCCCAUCCCCCCUCCAGACAAGAGUUGCCAACACAAUCUCAAGUGUCCACCUGAUAUAAUUAGCUCACUCUUCAUCAGCAUCUCUCUCCCACCCACUGUCCAGUCCCUUUCAUGUCUGAUGAAUUGUCUUCGGGGAUGGUUCCCAUCCUGUGCCAACAGAAGGUUUGGGGACCGUGGCCACCGGGAUUCCUCUAGUCUCAGUCAGACCAUUAAGUAUGGUCUUUUUAUGAGAAUUUGGGGUCUGCAUCCCACUGAUCUCCUGUUCCCUCAGGAGUUCUCUGUUGUGCUCCCUGUCAGGGCAGUCAUCGAUUGUGGCCGGGCACCAGCUAGUUCUUCUGGUCUCAGGAUGAUGUAGGUCUCUGGUUCACGUUAUAAUUAUAGUAUCUUAAUAUAAGCUCUUACUCAGCUUUUUUUCAAGUUUAUUUUUAAAAUUCAUUCUCAUGUUUGCAUGUAAGUUUAUUUAAUUGCUAUGUAUCACUCCACUGUGAGUAUACCACGUUUCAUGUAUCCAUUUUCGUAUUCAUGGACAUUUGGUCUAUAACUUUUGUUGAUACAAACAGCACUACCAUGAACUUCCUUGACUAUGUCCCCUGGUACACAGCACACAGACACGUGUGAGAGAUUAUAUACGUAGGAUUGGACUUGUUGGGCCAUAGCAUUUAUCAGUGUUUAGCUUUGCAAGAUAAUGCCAAAUUCUUUCCCAAAAUGAUGCUAUUCUCUGGUGCACUAUGUCCCUUGACAGUGUCCUCAUCAACCCUUGCUAUUUUAAGGUUUUGUUUUCUUUUGUUUUCCAAUCUAGCGUAUAUGAAAUGGUAUCUUGUUGUCUUAACUUGGAUUUUCCUGAACUCUAAUGAGGUCCACCAUUUUUCAUGUUUAUUCGUUAUUCAUUUUCUUAUGUUGUGAAAUGCCUGUGACUGCAGACAGUUUUGUUUCUCACAUUUGUGUUUAAUUUGUUGAGAAUUUAUUUUUACACAUGUGUAAAAUAAUUUUAUUUUACACCCACAUAAGAUGUAAGAUAGGAGUCUAGUUUUUCCUGCUACGGAUAAUUAGUUAUCCAGGCUCUGUUCAUUGAAUUCUUUCCUGCAGUAAUCUACUGUACAAACUUUCUCUCUGUAUCAAACUUCUGUAUGUGCGUGGGUCUGUAUCUAGGCUUUACAUUCUGUCCCAUCAAUCAUUUUCUUUGUUUCUGUACUAGUACCACACUUAUAAUUACUAAUAGCUUCACUACAGUCCUGCAAUCUAUUAGGGAAAGACGGCCAAUUCCCUCCACUUUAUUCUUCAGGAAUAUUUUGGCUGAUUAAAGAAAUUCAGUUUCUUAGACUGGGUUCUCAAGAG